AUGAACAAGCCAACAAAAACAUCACAGUCAACGCCAGUGCCUGACAUUCAAGCCGAAAGUACGAAACGACCACUUCUGCCGCCAAUCUUACCUCGAGCAGAUGAAGCCGAAGCACCCUCUGCAAUGCUCGCCCCUAGCCAACGUGCUCCGGCCGCCGUCUUCGGGAGCUCCGGCCUUCCUCCAAAUGCUUGGAGGCGGUCUGUUGAGGAGGAGAAGCGCCGUCAGCACCGCGAAUCGCCAGUCGCACAUCAGCCAAAAGUUGAAACGGAUUGGCAUACACGAAGCAUGUCCCAGACACCCAUGGCACUUCAAGCCCUGCUGACUACAGAUCUGUCAUCAAAAAGAGAACGUGAAUCCACAAAUUUGACCAGUAGCCCACGCCCUCUCGACCACGGUCUACCAAUGGCACCUCCGCGUCCCUCGACGGCGCGCGUCAUGCCACGGCCCAGUGGACUUCCAGCACACGGCCUGUCGACUCCAUCAACAUCGUGGAACAGUCAGUUUCCAGGGACUUCACAGGAGUCGCGAACACUAGCAACGCAGAAGACUUCCGCCUCUUCCGGAGAAAGCUCCGGGUCGAGGACAAACACAAAUGUAGCACCAGCGAUGGGGUCGUCUUCCGCGUUGGCGCCCUCCUCCGCCUCGCCCUGGUUCACGUGUCCCAGCGUUGAUCAUACCCUACGCAUACAUCAAGGUCUGCCCCCCGCAACACAAGUCAAAUUCCAACUUCGAAUCAUCCAGCAACCGCAAGAAGCGCUGGCUGUUGGUGAAUCCACAGAUGUGCACAAACAGGCCCGCAAUCUCCCCCUAGACCCACCGCCGGUCUGCGAGUUGGUCACGCGCGACGAUACCUUUGCAAACUUUUUGCAUCUACCCGAAGUGAGUCUGCGCGCUCACCUCGUGGCAGCCGCCGCACCGCACAAAGAGCUUCUUGCCGGACCUGGAGAGCAAGGUGCUCUCAUCAAUGGCAUCCACGAGGGUGCUUUUGUAGCACCCAUCACAGAUAGCGUCACGCGGAGCUUCUUCAUCUUCACCGAGAUCGGGAUCAGACCCUCUGGUCAAUUUCGCAUACGCUUCGACCUUGUGGAUCGAGCGGGUCUCUCCUUUAAACAUGUCGCCUCCGUCUACACAGACCCUUUCACGGCGCACAGCGACCGCAACCAGUUCUCUGGCCUGCAGAGGUCUAGCGAGCUGCUGCGCGCAGUAGCUCGCAGAGGUCUCAAAGUCCGCAUCGUCGACGUUCUUCCGCUAGCAUUCAAACGACGCAAGACUGAAGCAGCCGCAACAGCCUUUCGAAACAUCUCGGCCCCCGUUUCGUCUAUGCAGGCGCCCGCUUUUUAUCCGCGGCAGCGCCAGUCUGACCAGCUCCCUCCACCAUUACUGCACUCUGCGGAGGAUCUUCAGACGACAAGACACGUCUCAUAUGAGUCCUCACCUCGGCCGAUGGUGGAUACGAGGGCAAUCCCACAAAUGCACGGUGACCCUCUGCGGUCGGUAGACCUGGCGUCGAGGGGCCCUGCCGAUUUUCCCGGUUCGGAGAGGACUUCGGAAGCCAAUUCUAAUCGCAACAGAGGUCGCUUCUCCGCUCCAAUUGGCGCUGAAGAGCUCGAGAGAGUAAAGCUGCCUCCUCCCAAUCCUUACAAGAUCAAUCAGCAUGUGCCCCGCUAUGCGCAAACGCCUCUGCUGCGAGCAUCGACUGAUCUGGACGGAGGCCGGCUUAGCGCUCCUAUCUCUCAUUUCUCCGCUCGAGAGGAGUUCUUGGGCUCCACCGGCCUCAGUGGACAUCCUCAGACCAGUGCCAGCGGGUCUCGUCGUCAGACCUUCGUAGAUUACGAAAGACGACCCCCGUCGGACGUGGCAAUCCAGGAUCGCCGAGGCAGUAGCAGCAGCUUGGAUGCAGACAGACAUGACAGCUUACCACCGUCAAGGCUGCAACGCCAGAUGGAUGCCCUUCCGAGUCCGAUGCCACCACCUGGAUUGCUCCGGCCUGCUGAUCCACUCAGCAUGCGAGAUGGGGCCUCCAUCGGCCCAGACACAUUACCUCCACCAUCGUCCAUCUUCUCUCGAGUGAUCGCGCGUCCAAUGAGGGAGCUAGGCCGCUAUGAGGUUGCUGAUGACGAUGCUCGACGGGCGGACUUGUCAGACGACGAAGUGCAUGCUCGACGCUUAUUCCACGCUCGGACAGAAGGCUCCAUGGCACCUCCUGCUGCCGCGGAAAUGAAAGGAGCAGGAGGAUCUUCGACCAGACCGCAAGAUUUCGAGCACACCCUCGAUGCCAGCCAUCGAUUUCGAGAUCAAAGCCGGAGAGAGGGAGACGCAGACGUGCAAGACGGUGAGGUUGAUCGCUUUCCAAAUCCUUGCGAGCACAUCCUGAUUGCGCAAGAUCUCUGUCGACGAAUCUAA